AUGCAGUCUGCCGUCCACUCCAUUACAACUCUGUUCGUUGACACACCUGUUUGUGGUCUUCUGAAGAUCGUCUGGUGUGUGAUGCUUGUGUUGUGUUUAGACUGUCUCAGGAACGUCUUCAAGUCUGCAGGAGCCUCAUCUGACCCAAGCAUGGCAAACGCCCAGAUGUUCGAGGCUUUCGCUGCCAAGGAAGGUGCUCUGGUCCUCGCGUUGAACUUGGCAUCGAUGAUGGCCAUCCAGGCGCUCCAUAUCACGACUGGGCGUUGUGCCAAGCUGGAGCUGGACCGCGAUGUCAUAUCGCGGCAGGCCAAGCAGGCCGGCGAGUUUGCGAAGACUCUGAUGGCCGAAGGGAAAGAGGUAAAGAAAACGCCCGAAACCAAGAUGCCCGAAGAGAGCAAGACCGAGCAAGAGGGAGAGCUGCGGAAGAGGUUUGGACAAGAUCCGGCCCUUGAAGCUUUCUCGGUGUCUGCCUUGGGCUCUGUUUCCGUAGCGCGGCCCCCGCGCGAUAUCCAACGAAGCUUGCAGAGGCGAUCUUCUGCACGCCUCCAUGCGCUGGUGCUGAGGCAGGGCCAGCAAUUGAAGCAUGGCCUUGGGACCCCUUGUGGCUUGGCUGCGGUGGCACUGCUCAUCUCGCGCGAAAUUGGCGGAUAUGACAGGCCGGAUCGUUUCGUCAUAGUCACCUCUCCCAGCACUCGGAAUGUGUUGUGGGCCCCACUGCCGUCCUUGCAUGACCUCACCUUGCCUGUGAAGGACCGAUGGAUCCCAGAUGCACAGAUUCUCAUCGACGGAAAAGCCAGUAAGUGCUGGGGGUGGACGUGCUCCGAGCAUUCAGAUCGUGGUCUGGAAGAACCAACGGGGCUGGCGCUCUACCAGAGAGGUGGGGGAACUGCUUGGCUCUACAUCUCGGACCCGAAAGUCGGCUUUCUCUACCGCUAUGAGGUGCGGAAGCCUGACCUGAAGAAGAUCACUGACGCACCCACUGUGCAGUGGGAAGACUUCUUGCCAGACCUGGACAACAAACUGGGUUCAGGUGCAUACGGUGAAGUGUAUCCCGUACGGGAUAGUCCACACCUGGUGAUGAAGAUUUUCCAGCGGGCAGACUGGAGCGAGAUUCAGGCAGAGACAUACUUCGCACGAGUCAUGAAAUCCCGGUUUCCGAGCUACUUCGUGGAUUGCCUGGGUGUGGGCAGCGUUCCCGGCAAAGAUGGCUCGAUGUUUGCGGUCUUUGAGCGCGCUUUUGGCAAAACACUUGAUUCAGCCGCUCACCGUUUCCGCCAAGCAGACGGCAUUCGGCACGUUUCGGAGGCCUUGGCCACGCUCGAGGAAUUACUUAGUGCGAAGAUGCAUAUGAUGCAUCCAGACGAGUCAGGCAACCUGCACAUUCAUGUUGAUCUGAAGCCGGACAACAUCAUGUACUCCACGGAGUCGGGAGCUGCCAAACUGACCCUCAUCGACUACGGUCUAAUACGAAGCUGUCCUCAGGGUGACGCAGAAGCUGAGUCGUCAGCUCUGCAAUUGCUCCGAUGGUUCGGAUGGCAGUUCUUGUGGAUGCUGGCCUCAGAGGCUUUUAGCAUUGACAAUCCGGACAAGAACCCCUGGCAGCAGCUUCCGGAUGGUUUCAAGCCAUUCUUCCAGCCGUCGGAUCUCAGACCAUCAGCUUACAGGAGCCAAAACCUGACGCCAGAGCUGCUGUCAGAUGCUCUGCGUGACGGCUUUUUCGACGAGGUGAUGUCAGCGCCUUUCCGGAAGCAGUGGACAUCUGCCAAGAAGGCCAAAGCCCAGAUGGGUAAGAUGUUGGGCGAUCUCUUCUAUGCCGUUGCUUGGGCGAGUGAUUGCAAAGGCCCUAUCCCCGACUUCACGCGUCUCAAGCGUGACAUCGCGGGACUGCGCGUCUCUUCGACCUGGCGUGGCCUGCAAGCCGACUCCCAGCAGCUGGUGGCCAGUGAUCUGAAGGACAGUGCACACUGGCUGGCAGUUGACAGCUAUGGGAACUUGUUCUACACAGAUGCCAAGGCUGGAGUCAUCUCAAUGAUCAGCUCCGAGGACAUGUCCAAGGGCAUUCCGAAGGGAAGGACGCUUGCGAGCUCUGAGAAGCUGAAGCAUGUUGCCGGCCCGGCUGGCAUCGCAGUGGAUGCCAUGGAUGUGUACUGGGCCAAUCUGAAGGGGGACCAAAAGAAAGGCACUUUGCUCAAGGCUGGGCAAGUGGCCUCCGGCAAAGCGAAAUCUGCCACGAUCUUGUCCGGGACGAGCGAUAUGUACCAGGCGAUGGUAAAGGACGUUUGCCUGGCGGGCAGCAAUGUGUUCUUCACCGGUGAUGGGGAAUCGCUGUUCGCAGUCAAGGCAGACGGUUCCGGCAACGUGACGGAAGUGGCGCGAUUGCAGCAGCCACGGGGCUGUGCCUAUGACAAGGAAAACACGCUCUUCGUUGCUGACAGCGGGAGCAACGCUGUGGUUUCGCUUCCCGCCAACAUGGUGAACCCUCGUGCCGUGAACAAGCUGCAAGUUCGUGCGUGGCUUCGAUUCAGGGCCCUCACCAAAUCGGCGUGUUCUUUGGCCACGGCCUCGUGGAUGUCCAUCUUCAAACAAAUUCUUGCAGCAUCUGCAGACAGGCUGAUGGAUGGAGGAAGCGUUGUGAAAGCUUUGGCAAGAGUUUGCAUCCUGGCCUGUGUAAAUGAGCUGUUUCACCAUCAGCUGCAGUGCAGUGGGUCCAUGGGUGCUACGUCCAAAGGCUGUGACCCAUGUCGGGGAGACCGACUGAUUCACGACCUGUCCACGUGCAGCACACAGGUCCGAGAUCCGGAUCUAGCUGAAGGUAGUCUUUCACAACUGGUAAGUGUGGACGACGAGCGGGGCGGCUUGGAAGGUGGAGGCAGCAUCGUCUCCGUGUGCUCCAGCACCGUGAGGCAGCCACUUGUGCUUCUGCAGCUUAGACGCUUGGCACCCAAAGGUGGACACCUGUCGCAGGACGGCAAGAAAAGAGUCCACAAGGAAUCGCGGCACUAUGAACUUCUCGUCGAACCUGGCCGGCAGAGCCUCGAUGUCCACGGCUCGAGCACUUUCCUCGAGCCAGGAGGUCCAGGUUACAUGCCUUGGCUUCGCAGCUUGCGCCCAAAGAAGGCCUCAGCGCUGAGGACCAGGCAACAAGCUGCUCCACUGCAACUCGUCAAUCUGCUGCCGCGCAGCCCGAACAAACCCAAGCCUUGCAAAGCUCGCCGCACCCGCGCUCCCCGGCUCGUGCAGGAGCACAGCAAGCACGACAAGCAGACUACGCUACGGCUUGAUCAAGGACCCGAGGAGCAUGAGGCGGAUCCUUUCGAGUUUGCAUUGUCGAGGGCCAGUUCAGGUUCGUUGGACUUGGCCUUGCCUGCCACGCUUGACGAAGACAUGACGCACCAAGCGAGCAUUGAAGUUGCCACCUGGCCAUUGGGUCCGGCGAUAGAAUCACGGAUGCGACCUAAACAGCAUGGCGCUGAAGAGUCCAAGUCGCAGUCUUUGCGCCCAGGAAAACUUAAGGGCGCCUCGCUCCAAUUUCCGUCACGGUCCUUCGACCUGCGAGAGUCUACCUUCAUGGACGACAGGGACAGGAGCUGGUUCCGGGCUUCCUCCAGCAUCUCCAACUUCGACAGACCACGAGGAAAAAGCGCGGGGUUUCUCAAUCAGCGCAGCCAAGUUCGAGAGAUGGUUUCUGCCAUGAUGAAAACUAUGACGACAACGUUCCCACGCUCAGUUUGGGACGAAUGCGGCCUUGUACAUCCUGAGGAGGAGAUGGAAAUGGUCCGCGCAGCAGAAGCCAAGGUUGUCGAAGAGCAGCUUGGCCAACUGAAAGGCUUGGUGGUGAAGAUGCCGGCCCUUCGUAAGGGCCGCAGUCAGCGAAAAUCGGAUGCGCAGUCGAACCGCAGACGCUCCUUUGGCAUUGUUUCUGAUCCACGGACAACCCCUCAGCCAACGGAAAGGCUCGACGAGAAAGUUGUUCGUGCGCACUUGAGGCAGACUGGCUGGUCGGUGCUGGACGUCGAGGAGGUCUGGGACGUGUUUUGCACCUACGCGGUGGGCGGCCGGAUCAGUGUGCAAGGUCCCGAUUUCGUGUCCCUGGUGCAGGACUUGUAUGACGGGGUGACUGAUGACGAGGUGAUGUUGCUGCAGCAGCACAUCAGUGCCGUCCGAAAGCGUCACCACGCACGGAGUCGCUUUUUGCGGAGGGGCAUGACAGGCUUGGGCUUGGACAAUCUCCCAGAGCGAUCAGAUGUCCGCUUCAGCGAGUUCUAUGUGGCCCUGGUGAAAUGGCUGGACCUUCAGCGGCCGAUCUGCAUUGGAAGCGAUUGCAUGCAGUCAUGGUUUCGGCAGCACAAAGAGGGGCAGGAGGAGGAGCAAGAGUCGCCGACUUCGGUAGCAGGAGGAGUUGUAGGAGCAGCUGUGGAAACAGCCGAGGUUGCAUUGGCAUUUGCGGUCCCAGCAGUAGUAAGUAGCAGCAGAAAGAGCAGGAGGAGCAAUUCCAGGCAGGAGUCCAGCAGGAGCAGUAGCACUAGCAGUAGCACUAGCAGUAGCAGUGCUAGCAGCAGCCAGCAGCAGUAUCAGUAG